AGCAGUCUAUCUGAUCCUGAGUUCCCUUUACCAUGGGGGAAGAAAGUGCUCAGCCACUGGCCCGAUGAACUUCAUGACUUCAUUUCAGCCAAGUGUGGGGACCAGACAGGAUUUGUUGGUGACCGGCAGAUCGGUACUGGAGCCCUCUGAUUCCAUCUCGGUGUGUUUGAUUUGACAAUGGAGUCUUUCUCUGCUGACAAUUCCACUGACCCACAUGCACCGCCUCCACUUAAAGCCGAACAAAUCCUCUCCAUGGUCAUUCUCUGCCUCACUUGUCUACUGGGGCUGCCAGGCAACGGGCUGGUGCUUUGGGUGGCUGGCCUAAAGAUGAAGCGGACGGUGAACACGGUUUGGUUUCUCCACCUCACGCUGGCCGAUUUCAUCUGCUGCCUUUCCUUGCCCCUCUCCCUGGCUAACCUGAUUCUCCGAGGCUACUGGCCCUAUGGCUUGUUCCUGUGCAAACUUAUCCCGUCCAUCAUCAUCCUCAACAUGUUUGCCAGUGUCUUCCUGCUUACGGCCAUCAGCCUGGACCGCUGUCUGAUGGUUUACAAGCCAAUCUGGUGCCAGAAUCAUCGGAAUGUGAGAACAGCCUUCGCCGUCUGUGGAUGUGUUUGGGCGGUGGCCUUUGUGAUGUGUGUACCAGUAUUUGUAUACCGUGAUCUACUCACUAUAGACAAUCACAGUAUAUGUACCUAUAAUUUUGAUUCCCACGAGAAUUUUGAUUAUUGGGACUACAUGUAUAAAGACCUACCAGAAAGCAAUACUACUGACAACGCCACCGCUCAGCUAAUAGGACAAACGGACGACAGAUCAGAGCCUUCCCCUUUCCAAAAAAGUGAUGACCGUCAGACAGCUGUCACGGCCCUCCAGUCACAAAUAUUCCAAAAACCUUCUGAAGAUCCGUUCCCUCUAGAUUUAGCAAGACUGUCUAGUGAACGAGGAGGUCACAACAGUGUAAAACAGCCCCGUGUGCUCUUACCCGCCAUCCCCAGUGGGCUUCCUGUGGAAGAUCACAGAACCGACACACACGGCGCCGACGCUUUUCUCUCUGCUCAUACAGGGCUUUCCACGACUGCUUCUAGCAGUGACGUACACCACCCUGAUUUCCGGGACGACUAUUCCACCCAGUUCACGCACCGCAAUCACAAGCCAACACCUCUGGUGGCAAUCAACGUCACAAGGCUGGUGGUGGGCUUUCUGGUGCCCCUUUUCAUCAUGGUGGCCUGUUACAGCCUCAUUGUCUUCCGAAUGCGAAAAUCCAACUUCACCAAGUCUCGGAGCAAAACCUUGCGGGUGGCCCUCGUGGUGGUGACUGUCUUUUUCGUCUGCUGGACUCCGUACCAUAUUGUUGGAGUCCUAUUGCUGAUUGCGGACCCAGAAACUCAUUUGAUGGAAGCCGCCUUAUCCUGGGACCACAUUGCCAUCGCUUUAGCAUAUGCCAAUAGUUGCUUCAACCCUUUCCUUUAUGCCCUUUUGGGGAAGGACUUUAGGAAGAAAGCCAAGCAGUCCAUAAAGGGCAUUCUGGAGGCGGCCUUUAGUGAAGAGCUCACGCACUCUACCAGCUGUACCCAGGACAAAGCCUCUUCAAGAAAAAACAAUUUGAGUACAGAUGUGUGAAGAUGUGGAGUGGGGACCUAAGCAGAGGCUCCCAGGUGAAUACUGAUGAAGGAAGACAUGGUGAGCAGGAUACUGACAGUCUGGUGGCUCUCAGAGAGAGGGCUCUGAUUAUUGACAUCAGUAUCAUUUGGAAACAUUAAAGAUGCGAAUUUUCAAGCCCCAUCCCAGACUUGACUCAGAAUCCCCGGCCCCCCGGGACCAGUGUUUUAACAGGCCCUCUUGCUUCUGAUUAACGUUAAGCUUUACCAUCAUUUGGCUUGGUCGACUCCUAUCCCUAAGUUGUGUGAGACAGAUAACUUAGUCAUCCGUUUUCAGUAUUAAUCUCUUUUUUUUUAGCAUCAUCUAAAUCAUCUUUUAGUUUGCAUGAAAGGCUGCUUUUAUUGUCCUGAGUGAAACAUAUUCCUUUAUUGUAUAGCUUUAUAGCGGUGAUGGUGGUGGUGGUUUUCGUGGGGGGGGGAAAUAAGACACAAAAAAGAAAAAGCCUACAAAAGCAAAGAGUGAUGAGUCGGAGACUGGGACAGAAUAGAAAAGCACCACAUGUCUGCGACUCGAAACAUCCUCGGAUAAUUCCAGGUGCCCUUGAGUACCCUAAAGGAGCACAGGUAUGCGUGAACACUUUCCUAUCAUGCAGUGUUCUGGAAGCUGUGGUUUGGAGCGCUCUCUUCCCUGAGCAUCCCACUUGUUCAUAGACAAGGUCUCAAGAAUCCCAGAUGGCCUCAAAAUUGCUAUGCGAAGAGAAUUUUGAGCUUCCAAUCUUCUUGCCUCCACCUCCACAGGCAGGGAUUAAAGGCAUGGACCACUAUAUUGUCUUAUAUGUGGUGCUGGGAAUCAAAACCAGGGCUUCGUGCAUGCUAACUAAGCAUCCUACCAACUAAGGUGUUCCCCCAGCCUGCUCAGGUUGACAGUUUCGGCUCUCCUAUAUGAGACUAUGUGGUACUUCUGUGUUCACUUCAUCGUCUUCCCAUAAUGUCAUUUGUGCUAAAAAUAACAGGAUUUCUCUUAUCUUUAUGGCCGAAUAACACACAUUGUAUAUAUGUAACACAUUGCACCAUCCACUCAACUGGUAACAGACACCAGGUUCUACAUCUUACCCAUUAUACAUAGCACUACACUAAACCUUUAAAUUAACUUAAUAAAAAAUUAGCAACUCCCACCAUCUUCUAUUUUUUUUUUAUGUACAUUGGUGUUUUGCCUGCAUAAGGGUGUCGGGUACCCUGGAACUGGAAUGACAGACAGUUGUGAGCUGCUGUGUAGGGACUGGGAGUUGAGCCUGGGUCCUCUCUCCAGUGCCUGGUAUUUCUAUUCUUAUGUCUAUACUCACGUGUUAAAUCACUGAACCUCAAGCUUGUUUGCACAAAUAGGCUGAACGUAUGUUAGUCCUGUAAAAACAUUGGUUCGGUUGUCGAGGGAAGAGUCUUAGGCUCCAACUGUUUUAUAAACUACUGCACAGAAACAUUUCAAAUUACUAAGAAUCUUUUAUUGUCACAAGGUAAUUUAGGGCAGAAGAUUGCACUUUUACCUUUCUAAUGUAAGCUUACAUAUUCCAUAUGAAUAAACACUUUUAUCCGCAA